ACAACGAAAACAACAUUCCAACAGUUUUUCAAUUAAAGUGUGUGUUUUGUGUUUGUAUAUUAAAUUGCGUGAUGUUUAGUUUAUUGUUAUUAAAUAUAAAUAAAUGGUAUUAUAGAAAAAAUAAUUUCCGAACAUUUAAAAUAACGAGUGAUAGUAAUUAAAAUGUUGAAGUUAAUGUGUAGUAGCUAUUUAUAAUAAUAUAUCCUCAUGGAAGAACCUGAAAUUGUGGAGCACUUUUUCGGUGUUUAUCUUUUGUAUUCAAUGAAUGAAAAAUACAAAGGUAGAACAUAUAUUGGUUACACUGUUAAUCCAAAUCGCCGACUUAAACAACACAAUGCAGGUGCAAAGUUUGGAGGAGCUCAUAAAACCAGUAAACGUGGACCUUGGAAAAUGGUAUUAAUUGUUCAUGGAUUUCCAAGUUCUACUUCGGCAUUAAUGUUUGAGUGGGCCUGGCAACAUCCAGCUUCGAGUCGACGAUUAAAACACGUGAAACGACGAAAAAGUCGGCAAAAAUUAUUCGAUUAUUGUCUCGAUGUACUGACAGAGAUGUUAAACGUCGGUCCCUGGUGCCGUUUACCAUUGACAGUGAGAUUUUUCGAUGACGAUUUCUACACGAAGUACAUGUCAAUUAUUUCACCGCCAUUGCAUAUGCCAAUAACACAAGGACCAAUAAUUCCCAAGAAACUCGGCAGUAACGUAAAAAAGAAGAAAAAGAAAGAAAGGAAAAAAAAAGGUAAAAAAAUACAAAAUGAAACAAAUGAUAUUUCACUAGGUGAGACAAAUGAAUUUCAUCAAAUAACACCAAUGAAAUAUAAUUGUCAUAUUUGUUGUUUGCCAAUAAUUGACAUUGGAGAUAAAAUAACUUGCGUUCAAGAGGGAUGUACACUUGUCGCUCACAUUAUUUGUCUUGGCAAAUCAUUUUGGAAGGAUGACGGAAUGCUGUUGCCAAUAAAUGGAAUUUGUCCCGUUUGCAAUACUGAUGUUCUGUGGGGUGAUUUAAUACGAAAAAUGAUUGGUUGCAAUUUACACUUGACAGAUGAUCCCGAAUUAAUUGAGAGUGCAGCGAAAAAUUUAAUCAUUCUAUCGGACGAAGAUUCCGAUUUUGAAAAAUAGAAGUUUCAAAUAUUAAAUAGAAAACCGGGAACUAGGGAUUUCUCUAAAAUACGAGUCAAUUAUGGGGGGAAAAAAUUAAAUUUUUGUACAUAUAAUUAUUUUUUAGGAAGAAAUUUUUUUAAUUGAAUUUUUUAAUUUAUUUCGUGAUUUUUUAUUUAACGAUAAAGACAAUAUUUUUUGGUACAAGAUGAGUAGCAUCCUGUGAGUGUUUUUAAAUAAUAAAUAAAAUUAUGUUUAUGUUUAA